GCUGUUAUUCCGGUUUGCCUAUGAUCAGUUGCUGAAAGUGAGUGGUCAUUAGUGGUUAUUUGGUCGCCGGCUGUAAUUUGAGUUUUGGAAGUAAUAAACGUUGUGGUUGUUAAGGGUGUUAACUUCUUAGCUUUCCACCCUUUUAUCCUAAUUUUUACGUUUUGGGUGUCUUAUGCAGCAGAUUUAAGGACAUUUUUUAUAGAAAGGAACUUCAAAAUAAUUACAAUGCCAGUUGUUAGCUCGCUAUUUGGGAAUGCUGGUUCUCGCGCCCAAAGCAAAAAUCUUGUAGAAUGCAAAGCGGGCAAAAUGUCGUUGAAAGGUAAAAUGGUUCACCCUGAUAAAAGAAAAGGUUUAUUGUAUGUGUACCAGUCUGAUGAUUCACUUAUGCAUUUCUGCUGGAAAGAUCGCCAAACCGGAACGGUUGAAGAUGACCUUAUUAUCUUCCCUGAUGACUGUGAAUUUAAACGAGUGGCUCAGUGCACCACUGGGCGUGUUUACGUCCUGAAAUUUAAGUCAUCAAGCAGGAAAUUCUUCUUUUGGAUUCAGGAACCAAAGACGGAUAAGGAUGACGAGAACUGCCGCCGUAUUAAUGAAGUGCUUAACAAUCCUCCAACUCCGGGAUCUCAGAGAAGUGGAGGUGGAACUCCAGAUGCAGAUCUUCACAGUUUAUUGAACAAUAUGUCUCAGCAGCAGCUGAUGCAGUUGUUUGGCGGUGUAGGGCAGAUUGGAGGACUGUCCAGCUUAUUGGAAGCUGGUCACAUACGUUUACGUCGCCCAUCAACAGGGCAGAGUUCUCGCAAUGCAUCCUCUACUCCAUCUUCUACAUCCAUUACUUCAGCUUCCACAACAAGUUCUACGACUGCCAGUGUUGCCUCGCCUGCCAGCACGGCCGCUAGUGUGACCACUACUGCUAGCUCCACCACCACCGCCACUGCCACUGCCACUGCCACAAGCGGAAGCACAGGAAAGGGAGCCGAUAGUGAAGCGGCCAAGCCUGCUGCUGCUGCUGCUGUUAAGCCAGGUUCGACUACAAUUCAGUUAAGUGAUCUCCAGAACUUUCUGUCGGGCUUGAAUGUUCCUGCAGGUGAAACUACUAACCAGCGAUCAGUUGAUUUGUCCUCUGCAUUAACAACUGAGAAUCUGCAAGCUGUGCUGGGGGAUCCUAAUUUAGUGCGUGAACUGCAGCAGCAUCUACCAUCAGGCAUUGGUGGAAAUCCACCUCCUCCAGCAUCCGAACAGUUACGCUCAACCCUAGCAUCACCCCAGUUUCAACAGGCUCUGAGUAUGUUCAGUGCAGCCUUACAGUCAGGCCAGCUUGGUCCUGUGGUCCAGCAGUUCGAAGUCGGAGCUGAGGCUGUGGAUGCUGCGAACCAGGGCAACAUGGAGGAGUUUGUAAAGGCUCUUCAAAAAGCAAGCAUCAACAAGGAAGAUGAAGACAAGCAACCCGGUGGAGACGAGAAAUGCAAGAAGAAGGAUGAGCGCAGUAAAAAGGGUGAUGAUGCAGAUGAUGAUGAUGAUGAAGUUAUGUCACUUGAUUAAUAUGUUGUUUGAGGGGAAAGGUGGUUUAUUUUGUUUGAUUUAUUAUUGUUUUAUGUGUUACUGUUCCUGGAGAGGCGACUGGUACUGAAUGAUAAUUCAUUGUCCAUUUGGUGGUAACUGACUGUUAUCUUUCAGAUUGUUACCUGAUUUGCUUGAAUGUAAGAUCACAUUUAUUAACCGAUUUGAAUGUGUAUUACAGGCAGAUUCUUUAGGUGAAUUGAAGUAAAGCAUAAAAUUAUUAAUAUACAUAUUGCUAAACUGCUCUCUUGUAGGACAUUACUUCAAUUCUCUAAUUUUGAAGAGAAAUUUGGACAGGGGAGGAACUAGUUUGUAUUCCUAUCGACUUCCUCCAUCCUUGAUUGCUGCUUGUCACAUGGAAAGAAGGUAAUAAAAGUCAAGACAGUGGGCACAAUUACAAUGAGUUACAGGGGAUAUGUAUUGAAAGAAGAAUUAAAAUGUAGGCAACAAAUGAGGCCCACCCAUGCACACACACCCAGAUGUGAGAGAUGGGGGGCCAGAGAGAGAAGGUGAGACCACCGCCAUGUGGUUACAGCUGUGAUCCUGGUGUAGCUCCUCAUUUGUACAGCCAGCAAACUAACAUGGCCUGGGGCCAGUAGAGAAUUCGGAUGAAAUUAUAAACACAGGAGUGGCCAAAGCCACUCGGUUAAGUGAGAUAACUAAGCGAAUAUCCCAGAGGUGAUUCCUACAGUAAAAUUGAAACCAUAUUUAGAAUCUCCUCAACCAAUCACAGAUUAGGAAACAGGACUCUCAUUCUGGGCUCCAAACCUCUACCCACGCCAGGCCAGAGCAGCUCUCAUUUGCUCUGCUCAAGCCCAUGUCAUGAACUCCCACCCUGUGCAAUGCAGACAUACCAACAGGAGUGACAAGGAAAGCUUGUGGGUUGGAGAAGUAGGGAUAAGGAACAAAGUAAAUGGGGAGGCAGGGUACUGGGAGACUUGUGAAAAUACAAAUCCUGCACUGCUGUGCAGCUCACUGAUCUGUAAUUGCAUAAUUCUGGCGAGAAUGUUGACCACAUUACCCUCAUUUUAUGUUAUGUUUUCAUACAUAUCUCUGUAGUCUUUUGUAAUAAUCUCCCCUGUCCACUUCUUCAAAAUUAUCAUUUAUAGUGUGAUUUGAAUCAGUGACCCCUCACAUGUAACAUGCCUGAAUGAGAACUGUAUUGGUGUUUAUCCAACUGCAGAUCACUGCAGCAAACUGCUGUGAUUUCAUUAGUAGCCUGGAUGAUGUGCCUCUACUGAUAAAAAGCAUAUUCUUGAAUAUAUUAUAAUAUUGGAGAGACUUUAUGUUUCAUCUGUAUUGGCAGGUUUUUAAAAUGAAAAAUCUGUGCAUGUACUUCAUUUUGUCCAGUCUUGUAUUGGUGUCUCAGAAGUCGUGCAUUGUAGAUGUUAAGUGAUGUACACAAAUGACUUGCAAUAAAUGCUCAAAUUGAUGUCA